AUGGCGCUUGUCAUGUUACCUUGCGACCUCCCUUGGUGGACAUCUGUCCAACGCCACUUGAAACAUCUUCUCGUAGCCUCCUCAUCAACAAAGCUCACAGCCAGUAUGCUUAAAAUCCACGAUAUGUGCAAUAUCGGCAUAGACCCUGAUGACGAUAUUAAAGACCCUGAUCUCUUGAAAGGCUUUGAGCAGUUCCUGGAACAAGAAUUAAGUGAUGAGGAGAGAGCAAACAUUUUGGAUAACACAAUACGCAUUAUGGUUAAUAGAGCAUUGCAUCUGAAGAAGUGGCGGCCUCCCAAAGGACUUGUUUUCAGUUUACAACAGCAAAGUGAUGUAACUGAACUGGACUACAAUUUGGUCUCAUCUCUCAUCGCCCACGCUUUUUUUUCAACGUUUCCGAAAAGAACGCUCAAAACACACCCGACAUUACAAGACUUCAACUUUACGCAUUUUUUUAAGAAUUUACACAGAAAAUCUCAACGGAAUAAACUAAAAAGCCUUUUACAUUAUUUUGAGUGGCUGGAUAAAAAUAGUAAUGAAGGUUCUAUAAAAUUAAGUAGACAGGUUCUAACCUCAAGGCAAUGGUUAACAAUAGAAGACUGGCUGCAUAUGGUGAGGCAUGAGGGAAGACCUGAGCGAUGCGAGAACGAUGAUGCAAUCAGAGUAUGCUUCUCGUCAAGUCGGAUAGGUGGUGAUGUACUUAUAGAUGGAGAGUCCCAGGAAACCCUAUCAAUGUUUAUGAUGCCCGAAUUACUACCUGCAAUGUUAUCCGUCGAAGCGCUAGAAGACAACGAAGUUUUAAAAGUAGAAGGUGUUAGAAUGUUUAGCAGAAUUAGUGACAGGAAAUCGAAAGCUAAUAUAGAACUAUUAUCUGAACCGAAGACGGUCAAUGUAUGUUUAAUGGACGCAGAAGAUUAUAGUGCACUCCCAGCAAGCCAAUGGGAAGAAGACAAUAUUUUGAGAGAACUAAACAAGAGUCUUUUGGCUUUCCACCAGUCACCAACUAAGACUCGAGAUUCUAAACAUGAUAGAAGAUUAUCCCCUAUUGGUGAAUCUUUUAGCCUGUCACCAACAGACGUGGAAGCGACUGUCAUGAUAAAACAAGCGUCUUCGUGCAGUACGAUUAACAGUGUAAACAGCAGAAGUCCAUCACCUCAGAACUAUUGUGCUGCAACGCUUAAUUUGAAUGAUCCCAGUUUAGAACUUCAAAAGCAAAAAUGCUGGUUAUCCCCCGAUGCGGGUACAUUAAAUAAUCGUCGCGGUAGAUUUAUUGUACUUGGAUCGUCUGGGGAGUGUUUGCCCGUUACGAGAAAUUCUGGACUUCAGACAGCUGAAACUCAGGAAGACAGUCUUUAUUCCAGCUGCAAUUCUAGCGAUGAUGAGUUCCAUAGCGCGAAUAGCAGCUUUGAUGAUGCAGGUAGUGAAGACGAAGGUCGAGGCGAAAGUGGUCGACCAAAUUCAUUCCAGUAUUCAAAAGAACUGUCCACCGAGGAAAGGAGAUUGAGUUUCGCCUCUCGCCUUAGAGACGCGCUUAAGAGAGAGGCAGAAACCUCUUGCACGACCAGUACCACGGGAGACUGGUCAACAGAUAGUUCCAGUUAUGCAGUUGGUGUCAGUAUAUCGGGGGCUGAAGUUAAUGACAAUGAUAUUAGAGUGAAACGCGGUGGUUCUGUAGGUUUCGUUUUAACUGAGGAGGAAACAGUUGAAAAUCGCAAACCUCCUAGGCGUUUACUGUCAAGAAAGGAAACCGGAAACAGUUCGAAAUACAGCUUCAGCACAGAAUACACGUCCGAAUUAGAAGAGGUUUACGAACAAUUUAACCAUUGGUUGAAUGACCCCAUUGUCGAUAGUGAAGGCGAUAGCAAAAAUAGGGAGCUCGACUCGAGAGACUUGGCAUUAAACGAAUUGGCCAACAAAAUCGUAUCUGGCGGAUCAUGCAAGCCAGUGGCAACUGGAAACUGGGGUUGUGGAUCGCGUCAACGUGGGCAUCCCCAAUUGAAGCUUCUCUUACAGUGGCUGGCUGCUAGCGUUGCUGGGGUGCCAGCACUUUUCUAUUAUACGUUUGGAAACGAAAAUCUGUUUAAGCUGGACACAUUGGUAAGAGUGCUGGUGGAUCGAAAGUGGACAGUGGGCCAACUUGCAAGAGCGAUGUUAAAAUUUUCACGUCAAUAUCUUCACGAACAUCACGUCAUUCCCGAUAAUCACACGUUGUUUGAUGAACUCAUAGGAAUCGAGAAGAUACCGGAUGAUGAUUAA